AUGAUCUGCGCAAUCUCGAGGGAAGAGAUCAGUGACCCUAUUGUAUCGCCAAAGAGUGGGGCUGUAUUUGAACGGAGACACAUUGAAAAAUAUGUCACUGCGAAGGGCACUGAUCCCAUCAGCAAUGAGCCAUUGACGUUAGAUGAACUUAUACCAUUGCAAAUUACUGCUUACUCAGCAGAAAAUACUACUUCACCAACUGCGAACUUCACAUCUAUUCCAAACACAUUGUCCAUGCUACAAAAGGAGUACGAUUCCAUGGUUUCCGAAAUUUUCACACUUCGAAAAAGCAUCGAUACUUUGAAAGAGGAAUUGAGCAUCAGUUUGUACAGAGUAGAUGCUGCGAUCAAUGUGGCGACCAAAGCUUUAGAAGAACGAGAUGAGGCCAAGAAAGCAUUGGAGAAUUUGAGUGGUUCGUUGAAAGGGAAAUUGAGUGGAGGAGUUAAUGAGAAUGAGAGUAAUGGUGAUAAUGGAGACAAGAUGGAGGAUGAUAAUGAUCUUCAUAAUAUUAGCGACAUCCAUGCUGCAAGAGAUGAGCUAUUCAAGAAACAUAAAGCUUUGAAAGUUAAACUCCCGUACAAGCUGGAUAAGUUUACUGUGGUGCAGGACAAGACCAUUUAUAAAACAUUCGGCGUGCAUGCUGACCUUGUGCAAUUUAACUCCUUGGCCAAAGUGCUAACUGGUACUCACAAGAGUGAAGUUUUGCAUUACAAUGUAGUAGAUGAAAAAUUGGACGUGUGGAAAACAAAAUUGAAAACAAUUGGUCAAGUCGUGUAUAACAAUAACGGUAUCCUAGCGGCCGUUGCGGGUACCAAAAUAUCAUUUUCAACCGGUGAUACAAUAACCAUAAAGAGAAAGGUUUUAUCCAUCAAUUCCCAUCCUUCGUUGAAUCUUUUCGUGAUAACUAGUGCCGGUAAUUGGUAUGUGUCUAACACCAAUGAGAUUAUAGCGACACAUCCAACGGACUCCGACCUAAUUCACGGCGACAUACAUGGAGAUGGGGAGAUUUUUGCUGCUUACAAUGGUGAAAAAGUUAAAUUGUUGAGCUUGAUAUCUGGAGAUGAACUCGCUGCGUUUGAUGUUGCAAGCAAACAUGUGCAACAGAUUUCGUUUGCCGCUAAUGGAUACUGGCUUCUAGUACUAUCUACAUCCGAUGACGCAAACACAAUACAGAUUUUUGACUUGAGAAAAAGCGUUGAGGCUAAUAGGUUGGAGUUGUCGAAGGAACAAAAAGUGUACAAAUUCAUAAUUGAUCCGUCAUCGAAUUUGCUUGUUGUUGCAACUAACUCCAAUUGUUUGACGUUUGCGUAUCUGAAAAAGACACGUAGUUGGAAUGAGAUUGAACUGUUGGGCUUUGGAACAUCUGGAGAAUUGUUUCUUUAUUCAAAUGGUGAGGAUGUGGUGAAUGAUGGUGAAGUGAGAUUUAUAUGCUACGAUAUGGAUGCCGAUAAUUCGAGUAUAGAAAAGUUGAUUGAAAAGGAAACUAUAUAG